UCUUUCAGCAGCUGCAACAGUUAGUCAGACACCUCGAUAGCUUGCUAGACAAAAAAAGGCAGAACCAAUAAGCUCUUUAGACGCUUUAGUGUUUAUUAGCCACUGCUUUAAACCCUAUUCUGCCGUCUAGUUAGUUAUCCGAUUUAAUUUCAUAUUUACGGUGUUGUUAUUAGUCAGCUAGCGGGCUGGUUAAGUUAGCAUUAGCCUAGCUAACAUCCCCGACCAUGCGGUCACUAAGCUACUCCCCUGCUAAAGAAGAGGUGGAUAUCACAGUAAAACAAGAAGUAGAGGGUGAGGCUGUUACUGUGAAAGAAGAGGAAGACGCGUUCAGAGUGAAAGAGGAGGAUGUUACAGUUAAAGGAGAGGAUGAUGCAGUUUAUGGAGUGAAAGAGGAGGGAGAGAUGACUGUUACAUCGAAAAAGGAGGAGGAGGGAGAAGAGGAGGAACCUGGAUAUCUGGGCCCGGUUUCCCAAACGCAUCUUAAGGCAUCCAAUGGUUCUAACGAUGAAUUUAGCCAUAAGACUGUUUUGAGAAACCGUUCCGUGAUUAACACUAGAGAGAGACGUGACUAUCGUGGAUCUUCUUUGGAGCCUCAACAACCUCAUGAUGCUGAUGAGGCAGAGAAGAGUCUCUCCACAUUAGAACACCUCAAGAAACACCAGCAGAGACCCACAGGGAAGAGAACUCACUGCUGCUCUGACUGUGGGAAGAGAUUCACCUCAUCAGCGGGCAUUAAAAUGCAUCAGAGAAUCCACACAGGAGAGAAACCUUUUAGCUGUACUCAAUGUGGGAAGAGUUUUACUCAAUCAUCCAGCCUGAUGUCACACCAGAGAACACACACGGGAGAGAAACCAUUUAACUGUGAUGAAUGUGGGAAAAGUUUUACUCGGUCAACUGGCCUGUUGACACACCAGAGAACACACACAGGAGAGAAACCUUAUAGCUGUGAUGAAUGUGGGAGGAGAUUUGUUACAUCUAACAGUCUGACUAAACACCGGAGAACACACACAGGAGAGAAACCAUAUAGCUGUGCUCAAUGUAGGAAGAGCUUUACUGAGUCUAGCAGUCUGACUAAACAUCGGAGAACACACACAGGAGAGAAGCCUUAUAGCUGUGAUGAAUGUGGGAAGAGAUUUACUGAGUCUGGUUGUCUGACUAAACACCAGAGAACACACACAGGAGAGAAGCCUUUUAGCUGUAAUCAAUGUGGGAAGAGUUUUACUCAGUCAACUGGCCUGAUAUCACACCAGAGAACACACACAGGAGAGAAACCUUAUAGCUGUGAUGAAUGUGGGAAGAGAUUUGUUGCAUCUAACAGUCUGACUAGACACCGGAGAACACACACAGGAGAGAAAUCAUAUAGCUGUGCUCAAUGUAGGAAGAGCUUUACUGAGUCUAGCAGUCUGACUAAACAUCAGAGAACACACACAGGAGAGAAGCCUUUUAGCUGUUAUGAAUGUGGGAAGAGAUUUACUGAGUCUGGCCGUCUGGCUAAACACCAGAGAACACACACAGGAGAGAAGCCUUUUAGCUGUAAUCACUGUGGGAAGAGUUUUACUCAGUCAACCAGCCUGAAAUCACACCGUAGAACGCACAGAGGAGAUAAAUCUUAUAGCUGUGCUCAAUGUGGAAAGAGUUUUACUCAGUCAACCAGCCUGAUAUCACAUCAGAGAAAACACACACAGGAGAGGAAUCUUAUAGCUGUGCUAAAUGCGGGAAGAGUUUUACUACGUCUAGCAAGCGGACUACACACCAUAUAACACACACGGGAGAGAAAUCUCAGUUGUGAGCAGUGUGACCAGAGAUAAUGUGAUAAAAUACCUAUGAUCAAACAUCAGAAAAUACAUACAUGAAGGAAUUGUUUCAUGGUAUCAAUGAAAUAAUGUCUCAAUGUAGAAUGUUUUAACAUUGUAGUAGGAGUAUUUUAAUAAUGUCACAAUGUAGAACUCUAAUCGUUUGCCCCUUGUUCUAUUGAUUUCAACAUGAUCUGGAUAUUAGCCUCAGGGGGGAAAUCCAGGCUCUGAAUUGAAAGAGUACUAUUUAUGUGAGGUAACAAAAAUUGACUCUCAAAAAAAGAGUUGUGUUACACUUACCACGUUGGUGACCCACUUGAAUCAAAAUGCAACACUUAAAUGUAACUAGCUGUUUUCUACAAAUUGUACUCUAAUCAGGGAUGUACACAUUAUUCCCAGAUUCCGUAUGGUUUUUGAGCUGUUAGUUUUAACAGGACGUGCAACCUCGUCUCCCUCCUCUCGCACAAAUGAUUUUAGCGAUGAGUUAUGACAAAUAAGUGUUGUGUUCCUUUGUUUAGCGACCCCUACAUUUAAAUGCAUCACUCCAAAAUGUAGCUGACUGUCUUCUGCGGGUUGUCCUCUAACCAGUGAGGUAAAAGAUAUCUCCCAUUUCCAUGUGUUUUGUUUAGUUGUGUUAAGUUUCAACAACACGUACAACCUGAUUUCCCCCCUAAUCGAUAUCAGUGAUUUAUUGCUGCUUGUCAAAACAACAGCGUUUCUGGUGCUUGUGCAGUUUAUAAGGUGCUUGUUUUAAAAAAUACAAGUAAUAUGGUUAUUGUGUCAGAUGUUUGUGUAUACAGUACAUUUUAUGUUUAGGUUUUUAAUAUAUCACAAACUGUUUCUGCAUAUUGGUUAUUGAUUAAACUGUGUACAAACUGUGUUUUAUAGCACAUUUUAUGUUUAGGUUUUGGUUAUUGAUUUUGACACGUUAAAACUGUGUUUUGACAUUGGGGAUAUCCCACCUAGCAAAAUGUAAUUAAAAAUAAGACUAUACAACCAAAUAUUUCAUAUUUACAUUUCAUGUAACAUUUAGUAAUCAUAAUUAUUUAUGUCUGACAGUUUUUGGGUACACUUAUAUUGACAUUGUUUCCAUGCUUUUAGAAUAUCAGCAUUCAUUCUCAGAUGUGCCAACCCAUAUGUACGAGAGCAUGUGGUAAGGACAACUUGGUUGCUGAUUGUCUCAAGGGUGAGCAGUCAAAAUAUUUGUGUUGUGCAUUUAACCAGUGUGUUACCAUGGAUCACAAUUUAUUUUGACACGUUUUUCUGUGUUGGAGAUUAGUUUUAUCUCUUAUUCUUAUCUGUAUUUUUUUUUUUUUAAUUGCACUGUUGGUUAGGGGCUCUUAAGUUAGCAUUUCACUGUUAGGUCUACCUGUUGUAUUCAGCGCAUGUGACUAAUAUAAUUUGAUUUGAGUUUUGUUUGAACCAAGUGGACGAGAGUUCUCGAAGCUAGUGAGUUUUAGGAUUCUAUAGAAAGAAAAAGGAGAAAAAAUAUAUACGAUUGUAUAUUAUUAUUUAGAAAUAUGUUUUUUUUUCUUGUUUUAAUUGUUGACAGCCAGUAGACAUCAUGUUUAUAUUAUAGAAGGUGAAGCAUUGUAGUUGAUUAUGUGAAAUGGAAGUUGUUUUCUAGUCAGUUGUUCAACUGAAAUGUGUCUUGGGCACACUGGUUGGUGUUACCUCGUUAGUCAGUAUGUGUUACACCUGUGCUGGCUUGUCCAUCUUGUUAGUGGGAAGGUGGUCCAGGUUCUAUUUAAGAGUGUCUGGCCCAGUGCUCCAGUCGUCUUGAUAGAUGUGGAGAGUCAACACCUUUUUGGUUUGCUUCCUGUCUUUAAGUUUGCUGUGGGUUUUUAUCUAGUUUGACUCUUGGACAGAUUUAGUGGGUCUCAUGGUGGGUGUCUUUUAGGUCCAAGUUUUUACUUGUCAAUUUUCAGUGGACACCCCCAUAGUGUCUUUCAGAACCCCUCCUAAAAACAAUCUUAUAUUUUGGGUCGGAUGUUGCAUCCAAUUAAUAUUGUAAUCAAUGGCAUUUCCUUAGAAUGCUCAUUAGUCUUUCAGUUAUUAUUCUGUUUUUUUUAUCCUCUUAUGUAUGUUGUGUACUAAAUAUUUAUGUUUAUUUUGAUUGUUUUUUAAUGUGAAGCUAUUGUGUUGCAUCCAUGUCUGAAAUGUGCUGUAUAAAUAAAGCUUGAUUUGAUUUCAACAAAUGAACGACCAA